AUGGUAUUUAAAUUUAAGAAGAAAAAGAAGGAAGAAAACUCGGACAAGUUAAGCAAGCUGUCCCAAAACAAUGAAGGAAAUGCCAAUGAGGAGGAAGAAAAGAAAGAUCACAAAAGUAACUCUUGGUACAAGAAAAUUAUCGACAAUGCAAUUAUAACCAAGAGCAAGCAUGACGAUAAGGAUGAAGAGCAGGAUAGGGAAAGUGAAGGAAAUGACAGCGGUGCGAUGGAAAGGAAUAAAGAUUAUGGAUUGGAAGAACAGUUGAAGGAAACUCUAAAAUCCAUUACAUCCUUGUCGACGAAAAUUGUGAACUACGAAACGAAGAUUGAAGACUUAGAGAAAGAAUUAAAAAUAGAAAAAGAUAAACAGAUCGAUAAGGCAUACGAAAAAGAGUUGAAAGAAAAAGAGAAUUUUAUUAAACAAAAAAUUGGCAUGCUAAAUGAGAAGGAAAAUCUACUAAAAGAAAAGGAGUUGGAUAUAAACAUGAGAGAAGAAAAAAUUAAUGACAGAGAAAUGUUCAUUUCGAAAAAGGAAGACAAACUGAAUGAUAUGCAGGAGGAGUACUUGGAAAAAAAUAAAGAAAAAGAAAAACUCCAUUUUGAAAUUGCAGACAUUAAAGUUUCGCUAGAAAAACUAAAGUACGAAGUUAAGGACAAAAAGGAGUGUCUAGAAAAUGUAAGCAAUAAGGUAAUUUUAAAGGAAAAUACACUGAGGGAGCUAAAAGAAUUUAUAAGGGAAAAGAACGAAAUGAUAGAAUCUCUUAACGAAAAAAUAACAGAGAAGGAGAAAAUAUAUGAACAGUUAGGGAAGGAUGUGGAAGAAAAAAGAAAAAUAAUCGAACUGCUGGACGUCAAGGCAAAUGAAAAGGAAAAAUAUUUCGAAGAAAAAAUUAAACAGCUAGAAAAGGAACAAAAUGUGCUUGUUCAAAAGUUAAAUGAUGUUAAAUUGAGAGAAAAGGAAGUGGAGACAAGAGAAAACGAUUUUCUGCACAUGGAAGAUGAGUUGAACGAUCUUCGCAGUAGUUUGUCGAAGAAUGAUUGCCAACUGAAGAUCUACAAAUUAGAAAUAAAAGAUUUGAGCAGCGCCCUUGUGGAGAAGGAGAGAGAAAUAUUGGACUUAAAAAAUACGUACGAUGGAGAAAUUUGCUUGUUAAAGGAUCAGAUAAAGGAAAAGGAAAAAGAAAUAUCCAAAUGUAGUUUCUCCAAUGGUGAUGUGGAUGCAGAGGAUAAGCCCCACAUUCAAGUUGAAAAUGCAGAAAAGGUGAACGCGGAAGAGGAAUUGGGGGAGAAUAACAGUAGCCUCACCGAUUUGUUAAAAAUUAAAGAAAGAGAGCUCAACGAAAUGAAAGAAAAGUACACUACCGAGAUAGACACACUAAAUAGCCAGCUGAAUGAAAGAAGGAAGGAAUUUGUGGAGAUAAAAAAUAGCCAUAUCAACGAAAUAAACAAUCUGAAUGAUGAAAUUGAGGAGAGCAAAGGCAAAUUGGCAGAACUGAAAAGUGGCUACGAAAUGGAGAUAAACAAACUGCGGGUCGAAAUGAAUGCAGUACAUGAGGAGAAGUAUCAAUUGAGCAAUGAAAAACAAACACUCAGUGGAGAGAUAAACAAGCUGAAUGAAGAGAAGGAAUCCUUGGCAAGCGAGAAGGAGGGACUAAAUAACAAAGUAAUCACGCUGAGUAGCGAAAUAGCAACGUUAAAUAUGGAAAAGCAGGGACUCCAAGGAGAAAUAAACACACUGAACGAUCUGAUUCACACUUUGAAGAAUGAAAUAAAUUCAUCAGAUAACUUGAUUAACACACUGAAAGAGCAAAUGAACGCUAUCAACGAAGAAAAGGAAGGGAAGGAAAAACUCAUUACAGAGAUGGAAAAUAAUUACAAAAAUGAAAUAAACGUGUUGAAGGAAAAAUUAAAAGAUACAGACAAUCAAGUGAGCAAAAGUAUGAGAGAGGAGUUGGACCACCUGAAAUGCGUCCUUGGUGAAAAGGAAAAGGAACACAAACAAAUGAAGGAAGACUAUGACAAAAAAAUAAAACAGUAUGAUGAAGAAUUGAAAUCAAAGCAAGAAUAUUUUGAAAAAGAACUAAAUGACAUACGAAUCGAAUCACACGAAAAAGAACAAAUUUUAAUUUUAAAAAAUGACGAAUUGAAGGAAUUGAAAUUGAAGACAGAAGAAAAGUACCUCAAGCUGUAUGAUGACAAAAUAAAUCUCCUCAGGAAUAUCUGCUCUAAAGUGAGGGUCCCGUACAGCGAUGGGGUUCAGGUGGAUGAGCUUCUCGAGAAGGUGGGCGACUACAUAAGUCAGAUGAAUGAACGGGCGGACGAAAUGGAGAGCAUGAUGCAUAGUGAAGGGCAGGAGAUUGGGGAGGGCAAGAAUGAAUCGGUUAUGAGCGCCCAACCGGUCGAUAUGGCUAAUAGGCCCACUGACAAGACGGAGCUGGAAGCUCUACAGAAGGAACUAGAAAAUGUAGAAGAGAAGCACAGGGAGGAGGUAACCCAAAUGAAGAACGAUUUGGCGAUGAAAGAAAAAACGAUAGAAGAGUCGAACAACACAAUCGCCCAGUUGACUGAAAGGGUAAAAAGCCUGAGUGAUACCAUAUCGUUUUAUAAGGUAAAUAAUUCGGAGGAAAAAGUUAAUUCCUACAUGGACGAAAUUAACAGCUUGAAUUUGACGCUUAGCGCGAUAAAGUCUAAGAAUGAGCAGGAGCAGCUGGAGAAGCAAAACGAAAUUGCGAGACUGUCAGAAGAGCUCAGCGAGUAUAAGCGACUUGCAGAAGAGCAAUACAGAAAAACGAUCAAUGGGAAGGAGAGAAGGGAAUCAAAGACAGAAGACGAAAGAAGUGACUACUCCUACAAGGAACAAAUCUCAGAGUCGGAUGUGGAAGGGGGGGGGAAUUUAAAAUCCUUUUUACACUUUCCCCUUCUCAAAAUAAAAGGGAAAAAAAGAAAGGUCUCUAGAACUGAGAAGGAAAUACAGACGGAGUUCAAGCAAAACGAGUCAGAGAAUGAGAAGAAUGAGAAGGCACCUACAGCAGAUAAGCAUGAGGUGGACGAAUACAAAAAGGAAGUGGAGCAAAUGGAGAAGAUUAUUGAGGACUUGAAUGAAAAAAUAUGCUCCCUGACGAAUGAGGUUAUGGAUUUGAAAAAUGUGAAGAAUGAGCUGGAUGAGCGGAAUAGCACCUUGGCGAAGGUGGGCGAGGAGGCGGAAAGGCAAAGGCAGAAGUUGGAAAUGCUGAGCGCCAAACUGGGGGAUGCAGAUGAAGAAAUCGCAAAGCUGAACGAAGAGGUGGAGAAGCUGAAAAGGGAAGAGGCACAAUCGAGGGAGGUAGCCGAGAAGUGGAAAGAGGAACUGGAGAUGUGCAAAGAGGAAGCAGCCAAGUGGAGAGCGAACGCCGAGACUUGGAAGAAGGAAACUGACCAACUGAGGAGCAGCGCGGAUCAAAUGAACGCAGAAUUAUACUCAAAACAAAAUAAGUACAUGUUGAAGUUAAACGAAAAUAUAGGAGUUAUACAAAAAUUGAAAGACUCAAUUCAUUCAAGUGAGAAGGAAAAGGAAAAUUACGUUAGCGAGAUAAAGGAGUUGAGAAACCAAUUCGAAAUGUUAAAAUCGAAGCAUGAUGUGUUGAGCAAAGAUUACAGUGCGCUGAGCAAAGAUUACAGUGCGUUGAACAAAGAUUACGAUGCGUUGAACAAAGAUUACGAUGCGUUGAACAAAGAUUACGAUGCGUUGAACAAUGAUUACGAUGCGUUAAAUAGGGCGCAUAAGGAAUUGGAGGGAAAGAAGUGCAACAGCCCCCCAAGUGUUGAUGGUCACACCCGUGAUGGAGAAAAUAAAUUAAGCAUCACAAAUGAGAAUUCCGAAAUGGACCAAGCGGAGGAGGUGAAUGACAACCCAGGAGGUGUUCCCAAGAGGGACGACUCCACAUUGGUAGUGAACGAGUAUAUAAAAGAAAUAGCGCACCUGAAGGAAGAAAUAAACAGAUUAAGCCUACUCUAUAGCAACGAAAUGAAUGAAAAAAAUAGUUCUGACAUAAGGAUCAAAGAGCUGUGUAACCAGUUAAAGGAACUUGAAUUGAGGGAUAAAGAAAGUGAGGAAAAAAUUGCUUCACUAACCAAAAUGAAUGAGAAAAUGAAAGCGAAAAAUGAAAAAUUGAAAUCGGGAAAAUGGUUAUCUAGGAAGGAUCAUGUAUCGAAUGAACAGGCGAGUAUCGCAGAGGAGGAAGAAAAAGUGUCUCCACUCGAUGUGCAUGAUAAGAAGAAUCAGGUGUCACAACAUGUGAAUACAUUGGAAGAUGACAAAUACCGCAUGAUGGAAAUAAUUGAUGAAUGUAACUCCGAGACAGGAGGCCAAAUAACUGGAUCCUACUUGUACACUAAAAAUGUGGAAAACUUACAUGCAAUAAAUGGAGUAAAAAAGGAAGAUGUACAGGUGGUUGAGAAAAAUGUAAUCACAGUUGUUUGUCUAAUUCUAAGCGAAAUGUUAAGUCUCCUAUUUUUAAACGAUCAAUUGGUUAAAAACUUUGAACAGAUAAACAAGAAUAUGUGGAAGCUUAUAUACAUGCCCGAGCCGAUUAAAGCUCUACUUUUGAAAUAUUUUUGUUUUAUGAAUAAGUUAAGGAAUUAUGCUAAAAAGAUACAAGGAAAAGUGGAUAACCAUAGGGAGGGUGAUAAUCAAAGAGACGGUGAUAAUCAAAGGUAUGAUGAUUCGUGGUUCCUUUUUCAAAACUAUUUGGAGUCGUCAAGUAGUAUGAAGAGAGACAUGGUUUACUUCAUUUUGGAAGAAAAGAAAAAUGAACUAGCCGAGCUGGAUGAACAUUAUUUUAGUGGACUGAAAAAAGGAGGGGCACUAAGCGGAGGAAAAAUCUCAGACAUACUAAACUUUUCAAAGGACGAAAUGAGAUUAAAGACUAUAGCACAGUUAAGGAGAGAUCUAAAUUUUGAAAAGAAAUCCAAAAUAUUGCUAAGUAGGGAUUAUCAAUUGCUACUUUAUAAGUACCAAGAAUGCGUGAGGAAAUUGAAGAGAGUAAAGAAUAUGAUAAGGCAGUUAAAUUUGAACGAUUCUUCAAAUAGAGGCAAUUUUGCUUUAAACAAAGAACUGGACAAAUAUUCCGAUAUCAGUAAUGAAAAAACUUUUAACGUAGAAGGGGAUGAUGAUGACAAUACGCAUGGAAAUAAUAAAAACGGUGCAUUGCAUGAUCAUCACCAUAAUAAUAGUAAUAAUUAUAAUUAUAAUAGUAGCACAAAAUUGGAGAGUCCAAAAAAUGUUUUAAUGAAUGAGGUAAUUAAUUUGAGGAAGACACAAAAUGCGAAGAGAAAUAAUUUGCCAAAUUGGGGUUAUCAAAAUAUGGGAGGCGGCAAAUGUCACGAAGAAGCUUCUCAUGGAAUAAGGGCAUUGGUAAAUGGUCCCAAAAUAAUCAGCCAAAAUAACUUUGCACACACGAACAGGUUGAACAAUGCGCCAAAAAUUAGUGUCCACCUGGACGACAUGAAAAAAAUGAAAAAUAUUUUUAACGAAUUUGUUGACUGCACAAGGGACAUAACAUUUGUACACAGGAGUCCCUUCUGCUAA